AUGGUUAAACGUGUUACAAUUGAAAUAUUAGAUAGAACAUCAACGGAUAUAGUGGAUCGAGGUAAACCAUUUGGUGAUAAAGUAAUUGUAUUUGGUGGGGAUUUUAGACAAGUUUUAUCAAUAGUACCCCGUGAAACAAGAUCACAAGCUGUUAGAGAAAGUUUAGUAAGCUCAUAUUUGUGGAAUAAAAUGGAAAAGUUGAAGCUACCAGAGAAUAUGAGAGCAAUGACAAAUUCAACAUUUAGCGACUUCCUUCUUAGAGUUGGGAAUGGAGAUGAACCAAUGGUGGCUGAUGGCCGAAUAGCGUUGCCUGCUCCUAUUUUAAUCAAGAAUCAAAGUGAUGAUUUACCGAAAGAUUGUCUCAUACAUUCAAUUUUUUCAUCUUUAGAUGAGAACUUCCAAUCCAUUGACUAUAUGAAAGGCCAAGCUAUCCUCGCAACAAAAAAUGAAUAUGUAGACAUGCUAAAUGAUAGAAUCAUAAAACAGUUUCUAGAUGAAGGAAAAGAAUUCUACAGCUUUGAUGAAGCAGUUAAUGAUACCAAUCAUCAUUACCAGCAAUAA